AUGUCUCUCCGCAGCUACGUCUCGGCCGCCCUGCUCCUCGCCGGCGCGGCGCUGGGCCAGAGGAGCUGCAACGGCUCGCCCGAGCUCUGCGGCCGCAAGUACAGCAACGUCACCUUUGUCGGCGCGCACGACAGCGCCUUUGUCGGCUUCCUGCCCGUGCACAACCAGUACCUGCCCCUGGACCGGCAGAUGGCGCUGGGCGUGCGCUUCCUGCAGUCGCAGACGCGCAAGAAGGACGGCGGCAUCGAGAUGUGCCACACGUCGUGCAUCGAGCUCGACGCCGGCUCCUUUGCCGACUACGUCAAGCCCGUCAAGACUUUCUUGGACGCCAACCCCAACGAGGUCAUCACCAUGCUCGUGACGAACCCGGAGAGCAUCGCCGUGGAGAAGUACGGCGACGCGUUCAAGGCUGCGGGUCUGGACGGGUAUGCGUUCACGCCGGACAGCAAGCUGGCGAUGGGGGACUGGCCUACGCUGGAGCAGAUGAUUGAUUCCGGGAAGAGGCUUGUUGUUUUUAUGGACUACCACUCGGACACAAGCAAGGUCCCGUACAUCCUGGACGAGUUUGCCUACUACUUCGAGACGCCCUGGGGCUGGACCGACCCGGCCUUUGCGCAGUGCGAUCUCGAUAGGCCCGACGGCGCGAGCCCGGACGGGCGCAUGUACAUUGUCAACCACAUGCUCAACGUUGAGCUGGACAUCCUUGGCUUCAAGAUCCUGAUCCCGGACCAGGAGCACGCGGAGCAGACGAACUCUGUCAUGUCCAUCAUCGCGCAGUCGGACCUGUGCAUUGCGAAAUAUGGGCGCACGCCCAAUGUCGUCCUGCUUGACUGGGUCAACAGGGGAGACGCUAUGGGCUCGCAGCGUAUGCUGAACAACCUGUAG